AUUAUCAUAUAUUUUACUUCCUGUUUAUGACAGUUGUUCGAUGCAUGGUGAACUUUGAGAUGAGCGAAACGGUUUAAAAAGAAGUGAUUAAGAUUUCAGGUUUUAAGCAUCACAACAACGUUUUGUUGCAUAUAAUCAUGGAAGAACCAGAGGCAAUGGAAGUAGAUGACAAUACAUUUAAUGGUAUACCGCAUUCACAAAGUGCACCACAAUUGCAAAGAGUACUUUCAGAGGAGGAAAAACGGUGCUCUAUAUGUCUUGAUGAUUUUAUAGACAAGACAAUUUUAGAUAAAUGUACUCAUCCUUUCUGUAAAGGAUGUAUAGAGAUACAUUUCACAUACAAACCAACUUGUCCUGUGUGUGGGACAGUGUAUGGCAAAGUAAUUGGUACUCAGCCAGACGGAACAAUGACUAUAUCAAGGUCAAACAGGCGAUCGUUGCCUGGACAUGAACCACAUGGAUAUAUAUCUGUGUCCUAUGAUUUUCCAGACGGCACACAAACAGAUGUACAUCCAAAACCAGGAAAACCAUAUCACGGAACCAGUAGAACUGGAUAUCUGCCAGAUUCUCCUAAAGGUAGAGUAGUAACCAGGCUUUUGAAAGUUGCAUAUGAUAGACGAUUGGUCUUCACAGUUGGCAGGUCACGAACAACUGGCAUGGAUGAUUGUGUUACAUGGAAUGAUGUUCACCAUAAGACUACACUGUCAGGUGGUCCACAAAACUUUGGCUAUCCAGACCCAACUUAUCUGGAUCGUGUACUAGAAGAAUUGGCUGCAAAGGGUGUAACAGAGGCAGACUUACAUGAGGCUCCAGAAAGUGUGAUAAAAUGAAGCUCUGUUGUUAGUCGUCAAAGAAAAAAUAUUUUAAUGACCAUGUCUCGUGACUAUAUUUUUAUAACAGCUUGGAAAGUGAAUUUUGAUACAUGUAUUUGAAUCAUUUAUAAAUUCAGAAGCCUAAACUCUUCCAUUGAGAGCCUGUUAAAAUGGAUGACAAUGAAUGCAUGAAGUUUAAAGAAUGUGAUAGAUACUGUUAUUUUUGCAUUGUGUUUAAAAUUGUGAUUGUUUCAUUAUUUUUGAAAAGUUUAAAAUAUUAUGAAUAUUUUUUACUGUAUGAUCAUUUGUAAAAUUAAAAUUGUUUUAGCUAUUUUA